CUGACUCUUGAAAAUACUGUGGACAAUGUCCAAAGCGUCAAGUGGCUCCAGAGCAACUCAAACAGUAUUUACCGUAAUUUGUCCCAGGAGUUUCGUCGAUUUUGAGAUCGAUAGCCCACUUAUCUUGAAGGAUUUUCCUAUCUGGUUCAGUCUCUCACAGCCUUGUACAAGUUCUUCCAAUGAUGUUUGAGCUUCAAAGAAUGUCAGCGUGAUUCGCGUGCCAGUGGCACUGUCAAGACAACGUUUUCUUUUUUCCCUUUGUUCUUCAGAAGAAAGACCAUGUUAAAAGCCUGGAACUACUCGUUCUUUAUUCUUUGCCCUCGUCCUGGCUGGGCGUCUGCAUUCUUUUCCCCUCCUCUUCAUGUCUGUUCCUGCGUUCGACAAUUUCAGCAGAGCGAGGGCGUCGCGUUAUUCCUACAACUCCCCGCCUUCGAAACCAUGCGCAGGGUUUGAUUACAAUGGGCAUGAGUGCUGCCAGCUCGCGUCUGGAGAUGGAUUUUGCUUCUCUCAUAAGGGCCAGAAGUCCUGGAGCAUAGCUGGCUCAGUAUCUCUGGAAGAAAGGCGCCGACACGCAAAUGGGGGACGUUGCAACGGAGUGGCUGCCAGCACGGGCAACCUUUGCAAUCGGAAAAUCUGGGGUUUCACCUUUUGCCACUCGCAUAGGGAUCAGCAACCUCCUGCUAAAUUCUUCGAAGAUGUCUUCGAUUAUUUCGCUACGCCUAAUCGAGGCUCGGAACUCGCCACAAGAAGUGCUACCGUGAAGGAGAAUAUGAUGGCUUUCUGUCUAGUGAAAGAAGAAUGGUCGCAGAAUGGGCGCAAUGCCCGAAGGCGAGCGGAAGAGGAAGCCGAAAAGAGAAGGAAUGCCGCAGAGGAAGCUCAGCGUGCAUGGCAACGACAGCAGGAACAGGAGGCCGCAGAAAGGAGGAAGAAGGCCGAAGAGGAGAAGAAGAAAGCGCAUGCAUUUGCAGAGAAGCUUCGUCAAGAGUACGCACGACAAAAAGCAGCUGAAGAAGAGCGCCAACGAAAAUACGAACGAAAUAGGGAGGAACAAAAGAGAAAGGAGGAGGAAAAGCAAAGAGAAGCGGAGGAGUUAGCCAAGGCUAAGCGGAUGAAAGAUACAAAGGACAAGCAGGAUAUCGUCACUCGUUACCGUCGUUCGUGCAUCGAGUUCGACAAAGUCAGUCGAUUCUCAGACAUGCGUCGUGCAUCCUUUACUACAAUUCCCUGGCCGGUGCUUCGUACCCAAGACGCCAUUACACCUAGUGAAAUCAGUUGGGAGUUCGUCGAGAAAUUCUUCCACUUUGUGAAGGAUUUUUUGGGUCCUGCGGUACAUCGAUCCCUACUCGAAGAUGCGAGAAAGCGCUACCACCCUAAUCGAUGGGCUGCCAAGAACGUUGUCAACUCUGUGGUUUCAAAGGUGGAACGAGAGCAGCUCGAAAGUGCUGGCAAUACCGUAUCCCAAGCGAUCAACUCCAUCUUCAGUACUUCCUUCCUCUGAAGUCUACGCCUGCUAUCGAGGACUUCUUUUUUCAUUACUCGUCUUCAUGCCACCUUGUGUUCUGUCUUCACAUCCCCGUUUGAAUUCUUCGAAUCAUUGCACUCGCCGACGACUGAGGCCAUUAGUGAUUGGUGAUACAUCGACGCACGUCCAACCUGUUACGCGGUAAUGCGGAGGUGCUCACUCAGAACGACAACUCGAGUAUGGUGUUGCGAUAUGAUGGUCUUUAGAUCUACGAUCAGAGUUAUGCCGCAUGUGCUAUGAGUCAACAUGGACAAUAUGC